AUGUUCUCAACUGCCAUUAGACAAAGCAUUUCUCUCAACAGAGCCUUCGCAAGAAGCUUCUCAUCAGCUGUUGAGCCAACUUUGAAGGAGAGACUCACCCAGAUCAUCCCAGGCAAGAUCGCACAGGUCAAGAAGCUCAAGGAGGAGCAUGGUGAGAAGAUCAUUGGAACAUGCACUGUUGCUCAAGCCUACGGUGGUAUGAGAUCGGUCAAGUCGUUGGUCACUGAGACCUCGUCGCUCGACGCAGAGGAGGGAAUCCGUUUCCGUGGAUUCACCAUCCCAGAGUGCCAGGCUAAGCUCCCCAAGGCCCCAGGCGGCGAGGAGCCACUUCCAGAGGGUAUCCUUUGGUUGCUGCUCACUGGUGAGAUCCCAACCACCUCCCAGGUUCAGAAUCUCUCCAAGGAUCUUGCCAAGCGUGCUGGUCUCCCAACCUUUGUCGUCAACAUGAUCAAGAACUUCCCAAAGGACAUGCAUCCAAUGUCACAGCUUGGUGCUGCCAUCUUGGCUCUCCAGACCAACUCUAAAUUCGCUGCCUCUUACCACAAGGGUGUCAAGAAGGAUCAGUACUGGGACUCUACUUUGGAGGACUCUUUGGACAUCAUUGCCAAGCUUCCAGAGAUUGCCGCUCUCAUCUAUCGCUGCACAUACAAGGAUGGCAAGAUGGGCGCCAUCGACCCAAGCCUCGACUGGUCGGCCAACUUCAACCGUCUGCUCGGCUACAACUCCAAGGAGUUUGACGAGUUGAUGAGACUGUACCUCACCAUCCACACUGACCACGAGGGAGGCAACGUCAGCGCACACACCACUCACUUGGUCGGCUCUGCCCUCUCCGACCCAUACCUCUCGUACGCCGCCGGUAUGUGUGGUCUGGCCGGUCCACUCCACGGUCUGGCCAACCAGGAGGUGCUCACCUGGACCCUCGACCUCAAGAAGAAGAUUGGCGAGGGAGAGGUCUCCAACGAGAAGCUCGCUGAGCUCGUCUGGGAGGGAUUGAACGCCGGUCGCGUCGUCCCAGGCUUCGGCCACGCCGUCCUCAGAAAGACCGACCCACGUUACACAUGCCAGCGUGAGUUUGCCUUGAAGCAUCUGCCCAACGACCCACUGUUCAAGCUGGUCAGCCAGGUGUACGAGGUCGUGCCACCCGUGCUCACCAAGCAGGGCAAGACCAAGAACCCAUGGCCCAACGUCGACGCCCACUCUGGCAUCUUGUUGCAGUACUACGGAAUGAAGGAGCACUCAUACUACACCGUCCUCUUUGGAGUUUCCCGUGCCAUCGGUGUCCUGUCCUCCUUGGUCUGGGAUCGUGCUCUCGGCCACCCAAUCGAGAGACCCAAGUCCGUCACCACCGAGUGGAUUGCCAACCAUGUCAACCAGCAGCAAUAA